GGCCGGAUCGAGCUGAACCUGGCCGAGCGGACCAGCGCUCCUCCGAUCGAUGCCGCGAGCGCCUUAGGCACGGCUCUGAGCCAACUGGUGCUCACGCCGCCUCCGAGGUCGUCCUUUCGGGCGGACGCCCCUGUCUUCGUGCCGGGUAUGGGUACCCCAGGCGCGCUGGACUUCGACACUCCAGUGAAGGUCGGUGAAGAAGAAGACUUCGUCGAAAUGCGAUCGCGCAUGUUGCGGGUUCGACAGCUCCUGGCCGACGAGGAGGAGGUAUCCUUCAUCGGAGGGAAGAUGGGGAGUGACAGCCCAAUAAGGCUGAGCACUGCCAAGCGUUUGCAGGCCAACUUCCACGAAGACAAGGCCCUUGCAG